CUUACAGUGUUUGCUUUACCUCCGGCUGCAAUGGCAUGGCUUGCUGCGUGUCGAGAGCGCGUGGCAGUGAUUCGCUGGACGCCAGCCUCAGCAUUCCAGCAUCGAGCAUCUCAGGUUCGAUCUGCCGCCAGGCAAUGCCCGUGGUUAUGAUCACACGGUGAUGGGUGAAAUACUGGGCCUGGAUCACGCAGCAGUGGGAGUCAAGGAUUUACAACGUUCGCUCACAUGGUACCGCGGAGUCUUGGGGUUGAAGCAUAUGUUUGCUGAUGAUCCAAUGUUCAAUGACGGCAUCGCCAUGAUGGGCGUCAAUCAUAUUCCACUUCUGGCCCUGUUGAGGCUUCCCAGCAGCGAAGAGCCUUUGCAAGGAUCCAGAGAACAGCGUGGCCACUUUGCGCUGCGCACCAAGCCGGAAGAUUUCUCUGUUUGGAGAGCGACAUUGCCAGACCUGUUGCGACGCCACAAAGCCCAUGCGGGCCAAAGUUUGUGGCUGGAGGAGCAAGACUACGGGCAGCAGCGCAGCCUGUUUUUCCAGGAUCCGGACACAAAUGAAAUCGAGGUCGCUGCUUGGUUCCAAGGUGAGCCAGCUUGCAAAGGAGUCUAAAAGUACGCAUCUCAGUCGAGAUUGCAGUGUUGAAGCUCAGUGCCCUCUGCUUCUGGUUUCAGGGCAAAGGGCGGAGGUUGCCUCAGUACUUGAACAAAGGGC